ACUUGGCACGUGCAGCCCGCGCACUAUAUAAGCACGACGAUCCGGUGCCCGUGAUUUUCAUUCGCAGACAGACUCAAUCGCGCGAACUCGUACAAGAUGGGCAAGGCCACAGGAGUGUUCGUCUUUUGCGUCGCCGCAGUAGCCAUUAUCGCAGUAAGCGAAGUGCCGGUUGCUACGGAAGCUUUCCUGGAGCCGUUGGCCAGCCACUUGAUAGCGAAAAAAAUGAUGCUCAAACAAGGAUUCGCCGCACCCGCCGCAGCACCGCCCGGCCAAACGACGCAGUACAUCUAUUAUCAACACCAUCCACGGCCGUCUCCACCCCAGCCCCAACCGCAGGUCAGCUACCCGGCUUACGGCCCGCAAACGCCGAGCUACCCGUCGUACGGUCCACCGGCCAGUUACAGCGGAUACAGCGAACAGCCAGCGACCUACGUCAAACCGGCGCCGGCUUAUGGCCCGCAAACGACCAGCUACCCGGCUUACGGCCCGCAAACGUCCAGCUACCCGUCGUACGGUCCGCCGGCCAGUUACAGUGGAUACGGCGAACAGUCCGCGCCCGCCGUCAAACCGGCACAGUCGUACGGGUCGAUCACAUUCAGCGAACAGCCCGCGCCCGCCGUCAAACCGGCACAGUCGUACGGGUCGAUCACAUUCAGCGAACAGCCCGCGCCCGCCGUCAAACCGGCCCCGUCGUACGGGUCGGUCACUUACGUCGGAUACAGCGAACAGCCCGCGCCCGCCGUCAAACCGGCGCCGUCAUACGGGUCGGUCACCUACGUCGGAUACAACGAACAGCCCGCGCCCGCUGUCAAACCGACGCCGGCUCCGUCUGCGGUAUGUCCGCCCGCCAGCCAGCCGACCGCACAAGUCGACUUCUCCAACUAUGCCGAACACGGUGGACACGGUUACGGAAAAUAAUGCAGACGGAUAGACGACGACGACGACGACGACAAUAAUAAUAUUUAUAGUAAUAGUAAUAAAAAUACCAACAAUCGUGUAUCAUUGACUGUGUAAGUUUAAAGAAUUAAAAAUUAAUUUAAUAGUAAAAAAAUGACAAUGUACAAAUAAGGUUUUCGUUAUUUAUCAAUCAUUUGCCUACGUUACAAAAAAAAAAAAAA